UUAUUAGUAGAUGUGUGCUGAUCAAGUGAAACAAGCAUGGUGGCGAUAGCGUGUAUUAUUAUAAAGAAAAACAAAAGGAAAAUUGUCGAGAUGUAAAUAGGAAUAUUUACAAAAACCGAGGUCGCCAUUGAUCACGAAAUCGCAACUCCACAUUGACAAUGGAUAAGGGGGUCUUUCCCUGAUAAAGAACCAAGUUACAUUUUAUUACAAUUUCAUACCUAAAAAAACGAAUUUUGUCCUGAAUCCUGAGUGUCGCCAGAAAGACAAAGAGUGUGGGGCGCCCAUGAGACGAAGCUGCGAGUGUGGUGCCUGCCAGGAGCUUCCCCCUGAGUGAAAAAGAUCCCGAAUCCUUCACCCAUCCCAGGAGCUCCCUCCUCGAACGCCAAGGGAGCGGGGAGAGGCCGCGUCCAAGAUGGAGGGCGUCGCGACGGAGGGCCACAGCGCCCUGGCAACCUCGGAGGAGGAGCUCGCCGCCCUCCGCCAGGGGUCGGUGGAGAAGCCACUCGACCUCAACCAAACUUCCUUCAACCUAACAACACUCGACCUCGACCUUGACUUCGACCUCGACUACUUCAACGGCAGCUCGAACGGCACCUUUGGCAACGGCUCCGACGAGUACGACUACGACUGGUCCCUCGACGAUCUCCUGUAUAGACACUCGUUCGGGGUGGGCACGAUCCUCUGCCUCAGCUACGGCCUCGUCUUCAUCCUGGGCCUCAUCGGAAACUGCUUCGUCAUCGCUGUCGUCUUCAGGACCCCGCGCAUGCGCACCGUCACCAACUUCUUCAUCGCCAACUUAGCCGUGGCUGACGUCCUGGUCAUCGUGUUCUGUCUGCCGGCGACGCUCAUCUCCAACAUCUACUACCCCUGGAUGCUCGGGUGGGUCAUGUGCAAGUUCGUGGCGUAUGUCCAGGGUGUCUCUGUCUCCGCUUCCGUCAACUCUCUGGUCGCCGUUUCCUUGGACAGAUUCGUUUCUCCCUGGUUCCCCCUGAGGCUCCAGAUCACCACCCCGAGGGCCAGGGCCAUCAUCGUCCUAUGGCUGAUCAUGGCCGUGUGCUCAGCCGUCCCCUACCCCGUGCUACUUCGAGACAAGGCGUGUACGAAGACCUCCCGGAGCUGAGGUUGCGUAGAGGACUGGCCCAAUCGUCAAGCUGAGCGCCUUUACUUUCUCAUUGCUCACCUGCUGUUCUGCUACCUGCUGCCGCUGUCUCUCAUCAUCUUAUUCUACGUCCUGAUCUGGUUCAAGGUGGCCAACCGCAACAUCCCCGGUGACACCCGCGAUGCUGCCAUUCACGAGAUGCAGCAGAGGAGCAAGGUCAAGGUCAUCAAGAUGCUGGUGGUGGUGGUCAUCAUCUUCAGUCUGUCUUGGCUGCCGCUGUACACCAUCUUCGCCAGAAUAAAGCUGGGCGACGAGCUGGGCGAGGACGAGGGCGCGGUGCUGGCCAUCAUCGCGCCCAUCUCGCAAUGGCUCGGCUCGUCCAACUCGUGCAUCAACCCCAUCCUGUACGCCUUCUUCAACAAGAAGUAUCGCAACGGCUUCCUGGCCAUCAUGAAGAGCAGGUCCUGCUGCGGCACUCUGCGCUACGACACGUACUCGCAGUCCACCAUGCGCAGGUCCUGCUACCCGGCCUACCGCUCCACCAUCCGGCCCGAGGCGGGGGGCGCCAUGGAGCUGGCCAGGAACACCCACCGUGCGAGCGCAGGCUUCGUGUACACGCUGGACGGGCGCCCGAACCCGCCGCGCUCGCGCUACCAGGCGGGCGGGCGGCAGCGCAGCCUCGCCAACGGCUUCUCGACGGCCCUGAGCCUCGCCGACAGCCUCACCACCACCGAGACCUCCAUCGCGCAGCCCAGCUCGCGCUCCUCCUCCGUCGUGGGCAGCGCCGACGCGGCAGACUCCGAGGACAAGAAGAGCACCUUCACCAACGGCAAGUUGGACGGCGUCGAUUAGGAGGCGGAUCGAAAGGCCGGCAAUCUCACGUGGAAAGAAAGCUGUGCCGUUCCGCAGCCGCAGCUCCCAUGAAGGAGGCGGCGGCGUCUUGCGGAACCCGAGCGCCAGCGCCGAGAAUUCCGCUCGAACUUCCUUCCCGUUUAGAGUGAGUGUAAGUUGUGUUCGGUGUCGACCCCCUCUGCGGUGUCCCUCCUGGCCGUGUGGCUUCAAUCCCUCAGUGACAAUAACUGUA